CAAACCGGGCCGGAUGUCGAGUUGUUGUUGUUGUUGUGGGGGUUGAGCUCUGGCUCCGCCGGCUCUGGCUCGUAUAAAUAAUGAUAUUUGACCGUAUUUCGAUGUGUUGAUGUCGGUGUGGAGCAGGCGAGAGCACAGCUGAUGGAGUAGGACAGACGGAGGAGUUCAUCCCUUAGUUUUUACUGGUUUUAGGGCUUUAUCAGGAUGGAGACCCGGGUGUCGGAGCUCUUCGGAUCGGCCGCCUCACAGAAGUGCGCCUCUCCGGCAGCCGGUGCCAGAAAAACCGCCAAAAAUGGCAGCAAAAAGUACAAAAAUCGGUCUGGCCGGUAUCCAAAAGCAAGCAAUAAUCCGCCUUAUCUACCUCCAGAGGUUGAAGAGGGAAACAUUGAGUACAAGCUGAAGCUGGUGAACCCCACGCAGUACCGCUUCGAGCAUCUGGCCACGCAGAUGAAGUGGCGGCUGCAGGAGGGCCGAGGGGAAGCUGUGUAUCAGAUCGGGGUUGAGGACAACGGCCUGCUGGUGGGCCUGACGGAGGACGACAUGAAGGCCUCGCUCAGAACACUGCGCAGGAUGGCUGAGAAGGUGGGUGCAGAAAUCACAGUUCUCAGAGAGCGCGAUGUGGAUUAUGACACAGAGGAGCCACACAGAAUAGCUGAAGUCCUCGUCAGGAAAGUGCCGGAUGAUCAGCAGUUCCUGGACCUGCGGGUGGCUGUUCUAGGUAAUGUGGACUCUGGUAAAUCCACUCUGCUGGGUGUCCUGACACAGGGAGAGCUGGACAACGGCCGAGGGAGAGCGAGACUUAACCUCUUCAGACACCUCCAUGAGAUUCAGACCGGACGCACCUCCAGCAUCAGCAUCGAGAUCUUGGGCUUUGACAGUAAAGGAGAGGUGGUGAACUACAGCGAGUCCCGAACUGCAGAGGAAAUCUGCGAGAGCGCCUCAAAGAUGAUCACCUUCAUAGACCUAGCCGGACACCACAAAUACCUGAAGACCACCAUCUUUGGCCUGACCAGCUACUGUCCAGACUUCGCCAUGCUGGUGGUCAGCGCGAACACAGGCAUCGGUGAGUGUGUACAGUGCAGCGCUGCGACAAAACAAACUGAAUCACUGAUGCAUCACCAUUCUGAACUGGUUCCCAAAAUGUGUGUGUGUGUGUGUGUGUGUGUGUGUGUGUGUGUGUGUGUGUGUGUGUGUGCUCGCAGUGGGAUCUGUCGUGAGGGUGAGCAGCUGGUUGUCGGGCCCACAGCUGAUGGUCAGUUUGUGGAGCUGUCGGUCUGCAGUAUCCAGAGGAACCGCUCCGGCUGCCGGGUGCUCAGAGCAGGACAGGCCGCUACGCUGGCGCUCGGAGACUUCGACCGCUCGCUCAUACGAAAGGGAAUGGUGAUGGUCAGUCCUGAGAUGAACCCCAGCAUCUGCUGGCGCUUCGAGGCCGAGAUCGUCUUACUGUUUCACGCUAAAACCUUCCACAAGGGCUUCCAGGUGACCGUUCAUGUGGGAAACGUGCGGCAGACGGCCACCGUGGAGGCUCUGCAGGGAAAGGAUGAGCUGCGCACCGGGGAGAAAGCGGUGGUCCUCUUCAGGUUCAUCAAACACCCAGAGUACCUCAAGGUGGGGGCAAAGCUGCUGUUCAGAGAGGGGGUCACUAAAGGCAUCGGUCAGGUGACCAAACUGCAGCCCGCCGCGCUGGACCAGCAGCACUGAGGAGGUUACCAUAGCAACAACAUCCAACACUGAUGCCUUCUUCACAGCACUGAGGAGGUUACCAUAGCAACAACAUCCAACACUGAUGCCUUCUUCACAGCACUGAGAAGGUUACCAUAGCAACAACAUCCAACACUGAUGCCUUCUUCACAGCACUGAGGCGGUUACCAUAACAACAUACAACACUGCCUUUAUAGCACUGAGGAGGUUACCAUAGCAACAACAUCCAACACUGAUGCCUUCUUCACAGCACUGAGGAGGUUACCAUAGCAACAACAUCCAACACUGAUGCCUUCUUCACAGCACUGAGGAGGUUACCAUAGCAACAACAUCCAACACUGAUGCCUUCUUCACAGCAGUGAGGCGGUUACCAUAGCAACAACAUCCAACACUGAUGCCUUCUUUACAGCACUGAGGAGGUUACCAUAGCAACAACAUCCAACACUGAUGCCUUCACAGCACUGAGGAGGUUACCAUGAUAACAACAUCCAACAUUAUUGCCUUCACAGCACUGGACCAACAGCUCUGAAUCUGUUACCACGGCGACAACAUCCAGCACUGAUGCCCUCCUCUGCACUGCUGGACCAGCAGCUCUAAGAUGGAUACGAUAGUGACAACAUCCAACGCUAAUGCCUUCCUCAGCAUCUCUAAAUCAGUUACCAAGGCAACAACAUCCAACACUGAUGCCUUUCUCACAGUGCUGGACUAGCAGCUUUGAGGCGGUUACCAUGGCGACAACACCCAACACUGAUGCCUUCCUCAGCAGCUCUGAAUCUGUUACCAUGGCGACAACACCCAACAUUGAUGGCUUCUUCACAGUUCUGGACCUGCAGCUCUGAGGCGGUUACCAUGGCGACUAAAUCCAACACUGAUACCCUCCUCACAGUGCUGGACCAACAGCUCUGAGGCGGUUAUCAUGGCGUCAACAUCUAACACUGAUGACUUUCUCAGCAGCUCUGAAUCAGUUACCAUGGCGACAACACCCAACACUGAUGGCUUCCUCACAGCACUGGACCAGCUGCACGGAGGCAGUUACCAUGGCAACAACAUCCAACACUGAUGCCCUCCUAACAGUGCUGGACCAGCAGCACUGAGGCUGUUACCAUGACGAUAACAUCCAGCACUGAUGCCCUCCUCACAGUGCUGGACCAGCAGCACUGAGGCUGUUACCAUGACGAUAACAUCCAGCACUGAUGACUUCCUCAGCAUCUCUGAAUCAGUUACCUCUGCCCUGCUGGACCAGCAGCUCUGCUGGAUGUUGUUGCCAUAGUAUCCAGCUCACUGAUGCCCUCCUCAGCACUGGACCAGCAGCUCUGAAUCAGUGACCAUGGUGACAACAUCCCAACACUGAUGCCUUCCUCACAGCGCUGGACCAGCAGCAGCUGACACACACCAUACAAAUACCAUUCAACACACAGAUGCCUUCCUCUAUCAAGUUCUACUCAGAGCGACUGCCUCACACACACACACACUGAUGCUUUUAAUAGCGUUUAUCAAACGCUUCACACACAGCUCUUGUGUUUUGGCGAGUGAUGCCUCUGCUUCUGUUAUCCUGAUUCAUUUUAAGAACGUUUUUAAAGCUCUCUAAUGCUCUCUCACUAAUAAUCAACACAAGAGGCCAUCGCCAAGUGCUUCAGUUCACACUCAAUAUUACACACACACACACAUCAUCAAUGUUUUGUUAAUCAGGGGUUUUUAUACAUAAGCAAAGGCCUGAGAUUGUGUGUCUGAGAUGUUCUGCCAAAGAUUGAUGUGCGUCAGGAUGGUGUGUGUCCGUUUACACACUCAUCUGCUGACCUCGACUCAGCUUUAACUCUCUUCUUACAGUCCGGUCGUCUUAAAGUGCUCUUCUCACUGCCUUUUCUCUCUCUCAGGUAGUUUGUGUGAUGGGGAUUAUGCGAGGGCAUGGCUAGUUUCUGUUCGCUGGUGUUUCUCUGCGUGUCUGAACUCUGGGUUUGGUGCUGGAGCUCUUUCAUUGUUUUGUUCAUUCAGUCUUUCCAGAAUUACGUAUGCAUGUUCUUCAUCAGGUGUGUGUGUGUGUGUGUCACUUUUCUGAGCAUCACCGGUGCAAUUUUAGACUAAUAGACAAGAAAAGAUGAUGUAUUUGAACCAAAAAAGCAGAUUUAUUAGGAAUGUUGUAGUUAAAAAAGGUUUUAGUUGGUUGGAUUUGGGAUUAUUUUUAUUGAGAGCGUUUUCCAGUGACUUCUUUUACACCCAGUGUCACGAUACUGCUUCUGUUGUUGAUAUUUUUAAGAUAUUUUAGCCUCUUUUUGGUGAAUUGGAGUAUUUAUGUACAGGUUUGUUUUGUAUAUUGUGAUGUACAUAAAUAAAGGUUUAUUAUAGUUUACAAUUA